AUGUCGGACGGCGCACUCUUCAAGCCGGAGAAGGACUUCAGCAAGGAAGCGGACAAGGUCCUUCCAGAAGCAGAGUCAAUAGCGAAGAAAGAUAUCCAGAAGGGUAUUGACCGAAUCCUGUCGCUGGAGAAACAGGCCAGACAGUCAUCAGACCUUGCCACCACAUCGAGAUGCUUAAUCACAAUCGUCACCCUGUGUAAAGAGGCUGGCGAUUGGAGCUUAUUGAACGAGCAAGUCCUGCUGCUGUCGAAGAAACAUGGCCAGCUUAAACAAGCCAUCACAAACAUGGUGCAGGCGGUCAUGGGUUUCCUAGAUGAUACACCAAACCUGGAGACGAAGCUUAGCGUCAUCGAGGCGCUUAGGACGGUAACUGAGGGCAAGAUCUUCGUCGAGGUCGAGCGAGCUAGAAUCACGCGGAUACUAUCCAACAUCAAGAAAGAGCAAGGCGACAUCAAGUCAGCAUGCGACAUCCUGUGCGAACUGCAGGUCGAGACAUUUGGGUCGAUGACCAGAAGAGAGAAGACAGAGUUCAUUCUGGAACAGGUGGCGUUGUGCAUCCGAAACGGUGAUUGGACUCAGGCGUCAAUCCUCAGCAGGAAGAUCAGCACCCGAUAUUUCGCUCGAAAACCCAGGAAGACGCCCGAACAGAUUGAAAAGGAGAGAAAGGAACAAGAGGAGAAAGACAAGAAGAGGUCCGCGGGCGAGCCCGAGCCGGAAAAGGAAGACGACGUGACAGACCUCAAGCUGCGGUAUUACGAACAACAGAUCACCCUGGCCAAGCACGAAGACAAAUACCUUGAAGUGUGCAAGCACUACCGGCAAGUCCUCGACACCGAGUCUGUCGAGAACAAUCCCGACCAGCUCCGCGCCGUGCUUCAACGAGUCAUAUACUUUGUUCUCCUCGCCCCAUACGACAAUGAACAAUCUGACCUACUACACCGCAUCAACCAAGACGCUCGCAACUCUCAAGUGCCACGAGAUACCGCGCUCCUGAAGCAGUUCACAAUCCCGGAGCUUAUGCGCUGGCCCAUAAUCGAGCAACAGUACGGUGAGCACCUCUGCUCUACAGACAUCUUCUCCAAGACUGCCGACUCGACCGAUCCGAAGGCACACACCCGCUACGAAGGCCUUCGACAACGUGUCAUAGAACACAACGUGCGGGUCGUGGCCAAGUACUAUACCCGGAUAACGUUCCCUCGCCUUACUGAGCUUCUGGACCUUUCAGACGAAGAGACCGAAAAGUACAUCUGCGACCUGGUUACCAAGAAGACUGUCUACGCACGAAUCGACAGACCAGCACGAGUGGUGAGCUUUGAAGUCAAGCGCGGACCAGAUGAGGUGUUGGAUGAGUGGGGCAACAGUAUGAAGGGCCUACUUGGUCUUCUGGAGCGAGUGGGGCACUUGAUGCAGCGGGAAGAGAUGAUGGCGAGAAUCAGUGGAAAGAUCGAUGGCAAGGAUUCCACGGUCAAGCAGAAGAAGGCCAUCAAGCGCUAG